AUGUCUACAAGUUCCGCAAACAUUGGCUGGCGUCUACAGGUAUUCACUGGUUUUUUUACGCCGUUGCAAGUCAUCGCAGUAGGAUUGCGCUUCUAUUCCCGAUGGCUUGUUGUGGGUCAGAGCCACCCGCUUGAAGAUGCACUUGUUGUAGUCUCUCUGAUAUCGCAACUCAUACUGGGCGGUGUUGGAGUCGCUUCAGUUACCUACGCAGGCGUAGGCCAGCAUCUCGGCUACCUAGAAGAACAUGAGCCUGAAAAAGUACUCAAUUGGGGCAAAUACCUCCUUGUCCUUGCAACACUGUACUUUGUCGACGUCAACAUUCCCAAGCUCGCUGUCCUGGCACUUUACAGACGAUUGUUUCCGCAAAGAGUGGCCCGAAUCACUGUCUAUACAAUAGCCGGUAUUCUUAUCGCAGGCUCAAUCGCGAACACAAUUGUCUCUUUGGCCGCGUGCAAGCCUUUCGAAGCGAACUACAAUCCCACACUUCCAGGAGCAAAAUGCAUCGACAAGGAAUCGUUCUUCGUUUGGACGAGCGUACCCAACAUCGCGACAGAUGUGGUUAUGCUCGCGCUCCCAUUGCCCAUUGUCUGGAGCCUACACAACACGAAGCGCAUCAAGAUCGCUUUGACCUUUACGUUCCUCGUUGGCAGUCUCGGACUCGUGGCAUCCAUACUACGGUUCCACACAUUCUUUGUCACAAACUCGUUCACUGACGGAACCUACGAUGCGGUCGAGCUCAUCAUUUGGACCGUCGCCGAGCCUGGCAUAUACCUUAUCUCGGCGUGUCUUUUGACUUAUCGACCGCUGCUCGAACGCGUCGGGAGAUCGAGACUUUUCGGGAGCUUCAGGACCAGUGUGAAAAGCUCGAACCCAUCCGGGUACGGCACUGGGCAACGCAAUGGCGCGGCAGACGGAGGCGCGGUUCCACUCAGGAACGUGAAGAAAAUGGGCCACGGUUUUACUGAAUUGGACGAGGACGACGAUGCUUCCAGUGGCAACGUGCACAUACUGCGAGCGAGCUCUGAGAGGCAUGUGCCGAGCUCGCAAGGACAAGGGGCAGGUGGGAUCACGGUGACGACGGAAAUCCAGAAUUCGUGGGGGGCAAAGUAG